AUGAGCGACUUUAUGAGUAACACAAAUGCAUUAAAUCUUUUACACAAUGCAGUCAAAAGCUACGAGAAAGAUGCAGCGACUUUCUACAUGGCUAACGAGAAAGCCACUUCAAAAUUCACUGGUCGCUUCGACUUUAAACAUUUUGCAAAGAAGAUUUUUGAUCCAAUUGAAACGGAAAUUCUCAGUAAUUUAUACGUAGAAAUGCUCGAAGAAAGUCACGCUUACAUGAAUGCACAUCAGAAGACGCGAGUCGGUGCACAAGGAUUUCAACAUUCUUUUGUCACCGUUCCCGAAUUGUUGCUCAACAUGAUACUCGCAUACCAAUUGCCGCAUCAAAAGUUUGUCCCGUUUGAUAAAGAAAAGGAUAAACAGAAAGAAGAAGAACAAGGAAUUGAAGGAAAUCAAGAGGAAAAAGUUGAGAAAGAUAAACCAGAAACGAGUGGAGGAGGAGAAAGUAGUGGGGGAUCGAGGAAGAAGCGUAGGAACAGUCAAGCAGCGAAACGUGGCAAAAAUGUAACAAUAAGUCCGAGAGUUACUUUGACAACGGAAUUAUCGGCUAAGCUACUCGAUCAAAUGCUCGAAAUACCAUUGUCGCCUGAGUCGAAGUUGUGGAAGACGGCGAAGUAUGUAUUGUGUCCAUCAAAUUGCCCAAAGCAACUGGCGUUGUUCGGAGAAAUUAUAGCCAAAAGUACGAAAUCUGGGUUGAUAAGUUUCAACGCUCUAAACUUCUUUAUGCAUGAUCAAGUCAUCAAUAGGCAACUCGAAGAUCCUAUCACGAUUCUCCAUGCUCUCUACAUAGGUCCACUAAACUCGCAGACUGUUGAGGUGUUUGCCGCCAACCGGUCUGACCAGUUCCGUCAGAGAUGUCGAGAAGUUCUGAGAACCGCCGUGCACGCAUCAAAAGACCCGUUAACUUUCAAGUUGAGCAAGCCCGACUUCAUCUCGAAAACUCAUUCGGAUCGUGUGAAAUAUCGCGAUUUCGUAGAUACAGUUGAACAAUUAGUGAGGGAUUUGAAUGGUGAAUAUCAAGGAAGCACUGGAAUUCACACCGGCUGGGCAUGUGCCGCGAUUAAGAAAUUCGGUCAAAAACGAUACGUUGACAAAACGUGGAAAGACGAAAACUACUACGAUUUGAUAUGGACGGUGCUCGCCCAACGACCACAUCUCAAAAAGUUUGUAGUCGACGUUUUGGAGAAGAAUUUCAGAGAUUUCAACGCGGCUAGAUUUUGGCGGAGAAUGCAGCCGUAUCAGAUGAAUGCGACGCAAAUAUUCAAUCAAAAUGUCUCAACCGAAGAUCCAUUGAAAAUGAGCGACGAGUUCUUGAAUUUCCCUCCUCAGAUGAAACACAUUAUCAUUGUUUCCACUGAGAAAGAAAUGAGAGAUCUGCAAAUGCUACUCGAAUACAAAGUGUCUCGCGAAGAAAUAGUGUACGUUGGUGUAGAUGCUGAGUGGAGUGCUUAUGUAAGCCCAAGUCGAGCAACAAUUCUUCAAAUGGCUCUCUACGAUUGCACAUAUAUCAUCGACCUGGAAUCGGCUGCCAUCUCUCCAGAUACCUACAAUCUCGUUCUCUCUUAUCUGUUCUAUACACCUGAAAUCGUCAAAAUUGGUUUCCAAUUCAACGAGGAUCUUCACCAACUACGAGCGGCUUUCCGUAACUGCAAGGAACUCUACAAACCGAACAAUGUAGUUUGUGUCGGAAAGUUGAUAAUGGACUUAAUGGAUGAAGUUGGAAAGCUCGAAUUUGGAGAGGACUUCAAACGUGAUUGGCUUCCAUUUAUGAUAGAAGAUCCUUCGUUGACAAGUGGAAAAGACAUCGGAAAUACUAGUCUCGACGAAUCAGGAAAACAGGCGAACACGAGCUCGAUCGAUUUGAAUGAAUCGGUUUCGAAUGAAUCUGUUGAAGGGGGACCUUCCGAACCGAAACCAGUGAAAGAAGACGGUAAACAACAGUUUUUGAACAAGGGACUGUCUUACAUCUGCGAAAAACUGCUAGGGAGACCACUUGAUAAGACAGAACAAUGCUCCGUUUGGGAUAGAAGACCACUCAGACAUCUUCAGCUUCGCUACGCCGCAAUGGACGCAUAUUGCAUGCUGAUGCUAUAUGAUAAGUGUAAAGACGUAUUCGCUAAGCUUGGUUAUGAUGUGAGAGAGUUUCUCGCGAAACAAACUCCUAUCAGGAUAUCUCUCCCUCUACUCAGUGAAGAACAACUAUAA